GAAAGGAAGUGCAGGGGGAGUGACUACUGGGCUCACAAAAACAAAGUACACAUACUCGAAUGCAGCCGUGUCAUGCAGCUGAUGACCUUUAGUCCGAGCAGCAGAUCACCAGGAAGUUGAGCCUUCAACCGUCUCCACUAAAGACAUCAAAGAUGAAGAAGCUGCAAGUGAUUACAGGAUAUUGCAUCGUCCUGUUCCUCAUCCUGACUUCGACUUCUGCGAUAAAAAAGCUCUCAACCAUCGAUGACCUUAAACAAGUGAACUUCGGACAAUCUGUGCCCACACACAGUCUUCUACUGUUAUAUUGGUUCGCCAACACAGUUGAUAUUGACAAUAACGAUCUGAUACGACUGACAUUUGACCCCAACCGUGAAGAUUAUGGCUCACAUCAUUAUGGAAACUACGAAAGACUGCUGGAACCACUACCUAAUGGAAAUGUCAGAUACAGGUACUACACUGUUGGUAACCUCAAUCCCGAGACGUCCACACAGCUUCCAUCCUAUGUUAUUCAUCCAAGAAUGGGCUUUGAGGGAAGAAACCGGGACCGGAUUAUAUUCAGAGUCAGAGAGCAGAAUACAGGAAGGCAAGGCGGAUCGAUCAUAGACCAAGUUUAUAUUACCCAGCAUUACCAGCAAGCUGAUAACCAGGGGACAAGGUAUGAUCCAGAGCACACGUACAGAGUUACUCACAGCCUUUUAAACCAGAUUAGAGAGUUUUCUUAUGAAAGUUACGGAAACGUAAUGGAAGACCUCAGAGAGCUCAGAGAUAACUAUGGAAGUUAUGCUGAUGAGAACCAGCUAAAAUACAUUAAGAACACGUGGGGGGACCUUGCUUGUCUUGGACUAUUUUUGUAUAUUAUUAUCCAAGAAAAACACUCCUCACGCCAACCAAACAGAAGACAGCAACCACCAACAAAUCAGAGGACAAAUUCAGAUUUUGUUGUGAACAUCCCAGCAAGCACCCGAAGAAGCAUUCCUGGAAAUUUUGCAUGCCUCAGUAUAGCAAAUCAGAGAGACACCAUGAAACUUAAGGUAAAGACAAGCCCAAGCGGUACUGCCAUGAUACAUUGGAGCAACGUUCCAGAAUACAUUUUAAAUGAAGGUGUGAUGGUAGCUCUUUACAAGAGUGAUGACGAUGACAAGGCCUUGAAUUACAAGUCUAUUGAAAACAGGAAGUCUGGACAGUAUGACACAAAAAUACCCCUGGAUGAACACCUACAAGCUCGGCUGCACAAGACACAGACAUUAUGUUUCUUCUGGAAAAGACUCGGAGAGGAGAUAGAAAGAGGAGAAGAGUUUAAAAAUCCAAAAGCGGUCGAUAUCAGUGGCUCCGAAACAAAAUUACAGUUGUUUGCGAGAAAUGGGAAGGCUUGUGCUCGUUUGUAUGUGCCAAAAUAUGUGGACUGGCAGUCCACUUUCAAAGAGGCCUGGGUUGGUUUCUACAGCUCAGGAACAAAGAGUGCAAAAAACUAUGAAUGGUGGCAAUGGGAAUGGGUGACAAAGUUCAAACCUAAGAUGAAUUUUCAAGACUUUUCUUAUGACAUCUUUGAGUAUCAAUCAAGUUUGACGAUUGCUCCAGGAGUCCAAGCAAGACUGAUGUUGCGUGGUUAUGAGGAGAAAGUACGCACCCCUGGCUGGAAUUGUUGAGAAGUGAGGACAAUCGUGAUGAUUUAUUUUAAAUAUGAAUUCAUGAGAUGUCUGCAUGAAACUGCACUGAUUUUUUUAUGAACUGAUGUUUAAAGAAAUAUACUUGAUGCUGUCAAAAGGACAAUUACGCUGUUGAAACAUGAUCUGUGAAUAUUUCAUUUUUUCCUGUCUCAUUUUUAGCUUGUAUUCUUAAAAUGUUGAUGAACUGAGAGUAUGAAACUGCUGUCCACACUGCCGAAUCAUUUCCAUUUUUAAUAAUAAAAAUUGUUUUACAUUUA